GACUAAAUUCUCGAUAUAAAGUCUCCGUCUCUCGUACAUUUCGUCAAAUACGAGUACGUGAGAUCGAGAAGUCCUUUCCAGUCCUCGUCCUCGAUGCUCGCAAGUGACUUUUCUCGAUUCGAAUCGCGUGAAAUCGCGUUAAAUAGCGGCGACAUCGGUCAAGAUGCGCUGGCAUAACCUCCGCGCUGUGUAAACUAUCAUGAAUCUUGCCAUCGAAGUGCUCAUUUGUCAGAAGACAGUCCUAGACUGAACGGCGGACAUGUAAGACCUAUGUCACAGCCAGAGGCGACAUUUACUCUCUUUUAGAAUCACACAAAAUAGUUUGUAUCUAUCAGCCACCCAUCUCUCCUCCGCUCCGCUUCUUCUGCUUCCGUCGUAUAUAAUUCCCGGUCUUCAAGUCCGUCCGUCCACGUGUUGAAAUCUGUUUUUUUUUCUCUCUCUCUCUUUCUUGAAAUUGCAACGCGUACAAGUCCCCUCUUUCAACUUUAACUGGCAUAUCGGAUCCGUAACCCAGACUGUAGAAGACCGAUUAUCAAUCAAUGAUACCCACGGGAACGACUGAUUGUCAAGGGUCAAACGUCGUGAAAAUUCAACACCAUCGAAAAAAUUGAUCGAAAGCGAUUGACGAGCGAUUGGGAAACACUAACCUCUCGGACGACUUGAAAAUUGACGGAGUCGCAGAAAAUUUUCAAGCCGAGUCAGACGACCACCGACGGGACUGGACAACGCGUUUCUCCACAUCUGCCGCCGCGAAUCCUCGGAGAGCAGGCUCGUGCCCCGGUUUCGAGGAGAUUUGAUAUGGAUGUAGACUCAAACGACAACAGCAAAGACACAGACCUGUGCGAAACGAACGCUCAACGAUUGAUCGCCGAGAGCGGUGCCCGAUGUAUGAGCACGCAAGCGAUGCAAUCGCUCUAUGACUUCCGCCAGAACAACCUUCUUUGCGACGCGGUCCUGAGACUCGAGGAUGGAGGCGUUUUCCCCAUUCACCGCGCCAUUUUGUCGGCUUGCAGCCCCUACUUUAGAACAUUAUUCACAACGACGUUGCACUCGCGCGAGAAAACGGACGUGCUUUUGCCCGGUGUCAGUAGCAACAUGAUGAAUCUGCUCCUCGAGUACGCUUACCUACGUUCCAUCAACGUGAACAACGAAAACGUCUGCCAGCUGCUGGUCACCGCCGAUUACCUGAACAUCCUCGGCGUGCUGGACUUCUGCUGCGAGUAUCUGAAGCAGAAUCUGGCACCGGGGAAUUGCAUCAGCAUCAUGAGGUUCGCCAGGGAACACUUUUGCAAAGGAUUGGAGAACGACGCGUAUCGUUACGUCAUGAGACAUUUUGUACAGGUAGCUCAACGAAGCGAGGAGAUCCUCGACUUGCCGAUCGAAGAGCUAACCACGCUGAUCGGUGCCGACGAGCUGAACGUGAAGAGCGAGGACACGGUCUGGGAUCUGGUAUUGAAAUGGAUCAACUACGAUCCACAAUCGCGGAAGGACUACAUCGUCGAUCUGAUGAAGAACAUUCGCCUCGGCCUGCUCGACACGCAGUUCUUCCUCGAGAAUGUCAAGGAUCAUCCGUACGUCACUGGCAACGACGCUUGCCGGCCGAUCAUCAUCGAGACACUGAAAUUCUUGUACGAUCUGGAGAUCAUCACGCAAAAGGACGGGGAAGUACCGACGCCGAAAAUAGCGCGGCCGAGGGUCCCCCACGAGAUACUGUUCGCGAUAGGUGGUUGGAGUGGUAGAAGUCCGACGAAUUUCAUAGAAACCUACGACACUCGAGCUGAUCGGUGGGUCAAGGUGGAGGAGGUGGAUCCGAUCGGGCCACGUGCGUAUCACGGGACAGCGGUGGUCGGCUUCAACAUUUACGUGAUCGGCGGUUUCGACGGCGCGGACUAUUUCAACAGCUGUCGUUGCUUCAACGCUGUUACCAAAACGUGGAGGGAAAUCGCGCCGAUGAACGCCCGUAGGUGUUACGUUAGCGUGGCAGUGCUCAACGAUCUGAUCUACGCGAUGGGAGGAUACGACGGAUAUUAUCGGCAGAGCACCGCGGAGCGUUACAACUACAAGACGAACCAAUGGUCCCUGAUAGCGCCCAUGAAUUGUCAAAGAUCGGACGCCAGUGCAACUACUUUGAAUGACAAAAUUUACAUCACGGGCGGAUUCAAUGGCCACGAGUGUUUAAAUUCAGCCGAGGUGUACGAUCCAGAAACCAAUCAGUGGACCAUGAUUGCUCCGAUGAGAUCGCGUAGAAGCGGAGUGUCUUGCAUAGCUUAUCACGGCAACGUAUACGUUAUCGGAGGUUUCAACGGGAUAUCAAGGAUGUGCAGCAGUGAGAAGUACAAUCCUACGACGGAUAUUUGGAGCUCGAUUCCCGAUAUGUACAACUCGCGCAGCAACUUCGCGAUCGAGGUGAUCGACGACAUGAUUUUCGCCAUCGGCGGAUUCAACGGCGUUACCACGAUCUAUCACGUCGAGUGUUACGACGAAAAAACGAACGAGUGGUACGAAGCGACAGACAUGAACGUGUACCGUUCGGCGCUGUCAGCCUGCGUGAUUAUGGGCUUGCCAAAUAUAAACGAUUACAUCCACAAACACCGUGAACGUUUGAUGGAAGAGAAACGACAGAAACUGUUGGCACUGGAAGUGCACCGCAGUCAACAUCAGCAAGACCAAAUGCUGCAGAACAGCGAGAAUUCCUUGAGCAACGAAAUACCCGUACCACCUCCAAUGCCUCCAAAUAACAAUUCCAGCAACGAACAUCGACGAAAUUGACAACAACCACGAAUAACGAAACAUUUACAAUGGGGUUACGGCCAAUCGGAUGGACGAUAGUCCACGUGACAGAACGACGAAUAUUCAGAACGAUUGAUUAGCCGAAAAAACAAUAACGAUAAAUUGGAGGCAGUUCGUAUUAAUAGGAACAUUUUACUGGUUUUAUAUUUUUCGGUUUAUCGAGAACGCUUGAUGAAAGAGGAUGAAACAAUUCAUACAAAUUUCGAACGACGAAGUAAACGAGGGUAAGGAUAAGAAAAUCUCAUUGGGAAGGCAAGAUAUCAUUCACGAUGAAGAGGGAUGGGUUUUUUUUUUUUUUUUGAAACUGAAUUUUGGUUUUUGAAACGGCAACUUGAGAAAAAAAACGGAAUAUUUUCAGAUUCGUAUUUUUUCUGAAUAUAUUGGACACGUUGGAGAUGUGUGUUCUUUUUAUUUUUAUACACGAGACAUGUUUUUAUUACCUGUAUUUGUGAUGCGAUUUUUUUACGACGUUUUAUUGGAUGAUUUUAUACGUAUAGAACGAAUUUUGAAAGGCAAUUGUGUUAUAAAGAUGAGGAACGAUCUGUGACAUCUUUACACGUUAAUUAACGUUGACGAAAGAUAUUUACAAAAGCUGUUGAAAUGGAACUUUACAACGAUCAAUAAAAAGACAUUAACAAAUUACGUGGUUUUUCACUUUUCGUCGAUGGUUUUAUUUAAUAAAAAGUUGAUCGAAAAUUAAUGAAUCAUCAACAGUGA